GACAGUAGGGGCCCGGGGAUGUUGGGAUCCUGUUGAAGACCCCAGGGGCCCGGGGAUGUUGGGAUCCUGUUGAAGACCCCAGGGGCCCGGGGAUGUUGGGAUCCUGUUGAAGACCCCAGGGGCCCAGGAAUGUUGGGAUAUGCAGGUACACCGAUAAAGCUGAGUGCCAGUAUAGUGGUUAGUGCAAGGGGCAUUGGAGUUUGGAAGUUCAAUUCCAGCAUCCUCAGUUGGGAGUUUGUGUGCUCUCCCGGUAACCACAUGGGUUUCCUCCCACAGUCCAAAGACGUACCCAUGCUCGGUUAAAUGGUCGUUGUAAAUUGUGCCAUGGGUAGGCUAGGAUUAAAUUGGUGGGUUGCUGAGCCAUGUGGCUCGUCGUGCCAGAAGGGCCUGUAUCUCGAUAAACAGAACUCUGCUCACUAUUAGCGGCGUUGUGGUUUAGGUGAAGGGCAUUUUGGAGUUUGGCAGUUCAAUUCCAGCUUCCUCUGUAAGUGCCUGUACGUUCUCUCCGUGACAGCGUACGUUUGCUCCGGGUGCUCCGGUUUCCUCCCACAGUCUAAAGACAUACUGGCUGGAGGUUAAUUGGCCAUUGUGAAUUGCCCUGUGACUGGGCUGGGUUUAAAUAUUGGGUUGUUGGAUGGCGCAUUUCAUUGGAAGGGCCUGUUCUGCACUGUUAUUUCUAAAUAAAUCACAAAUCUUUCUGUCUCUUAUUUCCCCCCUCAAACCCAUCCUCCUACCAGUAACCUUUGACACUUUGAAGGGCCUGUCUAGAUCUGUAGAGUUGCGUUAAGGGUUAAUUCUAACCUAUUACUGGGAUCAGAAUCAGAGUCACCACAUAGUACAUAGGAGUAGGCUAUUUGGCCCACAGCGUUGUGCUGGACCAGUUAAAAAACCAUGGAAAAACCCCCAAACACUAAUCCCUCCUACCUACCUACGCCAUGUCUAUAUCCCUCCAGAUUCUUUACAUCCCUGUUCCUAGCCCAACGUCUCUUAAAAGCCUCUGUUGUAUUUGCCUGUACCACCAUAUCAGGCAUCCACCACUCUCUAUGAGUAAAGAACUUACCUCUCAUAUUCCCCUAGAAAAUACCCCUUCUCACCUUCAAUUUCUGCCGAGGUCCCAUUUUCAGACGUAGUGGUUGCUCCAGGAAAUAGUUCACGAGGAUUAGAGUGGGCACAGCCCAGAAGAAGGCAGGGGCAGACCUGUGGGAAAGUUUGCCAAGAACAAUCACGGUCACGGGAAGACUUAUGAUCACCCGCAUCACAUAAUGAUGAUGUCAUACGACAUGCCACUUCACGGAGGAAUGGGGGCCAUUGUCAUGGGUGAGGGGAUGAGCAGCCACAGCGAGCACGUUCUCCAGCAGCUCUGCUCACAACUCGAAUACGGCUUCCUGUGCGACUGCUCCAUCGCGGUGGGCGACGUGCGGUUCCGGGCUCACCGGGUGGUGCUGGCCGCCUGCAGCUCGUACUUCCACAAGCUCUUCGUCAACCAGCCGGCGGAGUCAUCGCUGGUGGCCCUCAGCCCGCAGGCCGUCAGCCCCGACCACUUCGACCUGAUCCUGCAGCUGAUGUACACCGGCCGCCUGGAGUCGCCGCCGGCUGACCCCGAGCGCUUCCACGCCUCCCUCAGGUUCCUGAAGCUCUACAACGCCGGCCGUUUCCUGCCGCCGGGGGAUCGGAAUGCCGAGGAGGCCUCGCUCCUGGCCUCGGCCAAGCCGCUGGUCUUUGGUGUGCAGCUAUACCCGGAGCGGGCGGCCAGCGAGAGCCUGGGGCCUACCAACGAGAGCCUGGGACCUACCAACGUGAGUCUGGGGACAGCCAGCAAGAGCCUGGGGCCUGUCAGCCAGAGUCUGGGGCCUACCAGUGAGAGCCUGGGGCCUGCCAGCGUGAGUCUGGGGACAGCCAGCGUGAGUCUGGGGACAACCACCUGCUCCCAGAUCUCGGUGGCGGUCAAGGACGAAAACCCCGAAGACCCACAGGUCAGCCUGGGAUCUGUGGAGGAGGAAGAGCCGCACGCUGACAGGGAACCCCCGCGGCUGCAGGCCGAGUGCCCUUUCUUCUGCCCGCUCUGCGGCCUGGCCUUCGAGCGGGCCCAGAGGCUGCAGGACCAUCUCAGCAGCUGCUGCAGCGGCCCGUUUAAGCACGAGCCCGUUAUCAAGCGGGAGGAGGAGGAGGGCGAGAGGUCCAGCCUGGAUGGCAGGCCCCGUGAGGGAGGGCACGCGGAGGCUGAGCAGGGAGGCUGCAGGCCCUGGGCCCCCGAGGGUGAGGACUAUGAACUGGAGGAAGGUGAGGUGCGCUUCCCUGGUGAUGAUGACUUGGUCCUGGAGAAUGCCACCGAUGACUCCUUCAGCAGCACUGAGAGCAGCCUGGAGGGUGAUGGCGAGGGCUCAGGCCGGUCAGAACCAAGUGAGGAAGAAGCAGGGGGCGGCGGGCCAAGCGAGGCCUCUCUCUUGCCCCUGGGGCUCAGUCGCAGCCCCUGUCAAGCGGCCCGGCGCAGGGGCAAGGCCUGGUCCUGCCAGGCCUGCGAGGGGUGCUGCCUGGCCGAGGAGCGGAGCUGGAGUCGGGGCUGUAAGAAGAAGCGGCUCAAGAAGAGGAGCAAGGAAGGCGAGGCAGCAGCUCCUGCUCCUUCCACCCUGGCGCAGGAGGCCGAGAGGCCGCAGCUGGCGGCCAAGCUGGUGCCGGGCCCCGGGGAGCUGGCGGCGGCUCACGGCCUGAGCGAGCGGCUGACCUGCCCGGCCUACACGCGGGCCUUCCCCUGGGAGCUGCGGAUGCAGCUGGCCGGCCGUGCGGAGGGUGGGGUGGGGGGAGCCCGCUUUGCCUGCACCGUAUGUGGGUACCGCAGCCGGCGCAAACACGCGCACCUGCGGCACCUGGCCUCGCACCUCUCGCCGGGCCAGGCCGUCUGCCAGGUCUGCUUCGAGAUCGUGGGCAGCAAGGGUGACCUGCAGCAGCACCUGGAGAGCCACCUGUACUCGUGCGGCGUCUGCGGCCAGAAGUUCCGGCUCAAGAAGGACAUGGUUGCCCACGCCAACAGCUGCUGGUCCAGGAAGCUACACGGAAGGGCGGGCAGGUUUGGUUCCAAGAGCACGAAUUGAUGCCAAAGUGGGUUUGCCAAGGACACUUUGGGUAGGGGCCCCACAAGGGACUAUGACACCUGGAGCGCAGGCGAAACUUCCAGAAAGAUUCAGUGGGUCGGGCAGCAUCCUCGGAGAGAAAUGGACCCGCAACGUUUGGGUCAAGGCCCUUCAUCUGGACUUCAGGGGCUUUGCCGGUUGAGCAGCAUCCGUGGAAGGAAAUGGGACAGUGACGUGCUGAGUCAAGAACUUAGUAGGUUGAGUAGGUGGCUGACUGACAUUCAGAAAGGCAAAGGGGCAGUGGCCUUUUUAAGAUUCAAGUCAAGGUACCUGGGCUUCGAAGGUGGCUGUGAGCUGCCUGUUCCGGUGGUUAAUUACAACGGUAUAACUUGCUAGGCCGUUCAGAGCAGGACAGUCUGCUGCGUGUCUGGGUAGACCAGGUGGGGAUGGAUAUUAGCCAACUACGAGGGUCUUUGGGACAGUCAGUCCACUGUGGUUUUUGUGGAUAACAUCAGGCUUCCAAAUGCCACAUUUCAAAUUCAUCACCAUCUGACGUGGUGGGAGUAACCCAGUUUUGGAUUUUGAGAUUAUUAAACCCUUUAUGAAUUUGCUGCCCCUCAUGCCACUGGCAUUUAGGGACUGCAGUGAGGGCCCAUGAGGACUUUGGCACUCAGAUCUAGGAUUCUUUUUUUUUAUACUACACUUGAUCUUAGCCAGAAGGCCGAGAAGCGAUAGAUCUAGGAUUUUUCAUUGCUGUUUCCGUAACGAUUUUGUUUUACCAGUCGGGGUUGUCGGCCCUGAGCUGAAUCCCCCAAACCUGGAGGACCAGUGGACACUCUUAGCCGGGCACUCUUGUUUGUCAUGGGUGACCCUACCAAGAGCCAAAGCGUAAAGCCCUGACUCCGGCCAACAUAGCUCCCUGGGUCAUUGAGGCAUGCAAAUCUCUCAACUCAGUGACGAGGCACCACAACCUUUGCCUUGUCCAAAGUCCUGAUUCAUUCUUGAACCCGAAACGUUGACUGUUCUUUUGCCUCCUCAGACGCUGCUUGGCUCCACGAAGCCCUCCAGCAGUUGCGUGUGUGUGGUGUCUUGUGCUAACUGGAGACUCCUGAUUAUUGGGAAAUGCUUUCGGUGUCUAGCUCAGUCUUAGUCCGGAGAGUGAGUGCAGUGUUUCCAGCCGGAGUCUGGACUGAGGCAGAGUGUGGGGUCAGCCUGGAACAUGGCCGGGUUUGCUGAUGGUAGCUGUAUGUUUCAGCUUGUUGAGAAAAUCUGCAAGCUUAGCGGGACCCCUUUCCCGUGCUCCGUUUAAACUGGCUGGCUUCACUGGAAGAGUUAUUAUGUUACUGUGUGAAAUGUAGAACUGAAACUGUUCAGAGGAAAAGGCAAUAUUCAGGAAAAGCUUCUGUUCUGGUUCCUUGAGGGAGCAGGAUUAUCAAGAGCUUUAUUGUCCGUGAGUGGUACAUGAUUUGGAAGUGCCGUGUUUUUAAAACAGAAUUCCUUAACCCUAAGCUCGACCUGCCAGCCUGGGUGGAUAUAAAUGCCACGGCCCCCUGUUUGAAGGAGGGAGGAGUCCUCCCUAGAUGUCUGGUUAGUGUCCAUUCCUUGACUGGUUACUAACGAGGACGUGAUCUGGUUGUCGUUACAUUGAUGUCUCUAGGUUCACGUUGGCCCCAUUGCUUCUUGCCCAUCAUUGCCAGUCAGAUCACACCUCCCUGGAGAUGAGACUGCCCACAUUGGGCCAGCGAGCACACAUCUCCCUUGAGUCAGCGCUGAGGGAACACACCUGGGUCGGUACACUUUCCUGGUGAACAUUGAUGAAUCUCAGCACUGCCAGUGUUAAGUGUUAUAAUUGCCUUUGGACACAGAACUUUGAAGAGUACAGCACAGGCCAUUUGGCCCACACUGUUGUGCUGAAAAGCAAAUAAGAAACACCCAAACACUAAUCCCUCCUACUAUCCAAAAAUCUCUUAAAAGCCUCUAAUGUAUUUGCCUCUACCACUAUACCAGGCAUCCACCACUCUGAGUAAAAAACUUACCCCUCACAUCCCCCUUGAACCUCCCCCCCAUUGCAUGGCCUCUGGCCUCUGGGAAACAGAUACUCUCUCUCCACUCUAUGGCUCUCAUAAUCGUGUAAACCUCUAUCCGAUCUCCAUUCAGCCUCUGCCGCUCCAGGGAAAACAACCCAAGUUCAUCCAGCCUCCCACGAUAGCACACACCCUCUAAACCAGGCAGCAUCUCUUCUGCUCCCUUCCAAUAUUGGGGUGACAGGAGGCCUUGUGAGGACUCCCUCUGAAGGAUGAAUUAAAAGCUAGUGGUCAAACCAGGUCUCCCUGCCAGCUCCUCUGGGUCAAUUAGAUGCUAGACUUUGUUUCUGGUUCGUUAGGAGGGUAGUGGCAAGCAGUCACAGAUGGCACGGCAGGGCAGCUGGUCGUGAUGCUGGCCCGUGGCCCCCGGAGAACCGGAUUCAGUCCGUUCCAUCAGACCUUCCGACCUUCUCCCUGUGCCCAGAUUCCUCCCACAUCCCAUCGAAGAACUGGUGAGCUGAGUGAUUGCCGUAAAUUGUCCCUCGGUGCAGGUGGGGGUAGAAGGGGAUCAGAGGGUGUGUGCAAGAGGGAAGCAAGGGGGCUGGGAGUGCACCCCUGGGUGCUAACAUGUUAGGGAACCCUUGCCCGAGCUGGGGCAGGUCAGGACUCCCCCAGUACUAUUUAAUUGUUGUUACUUGAUCUUAUGGGCUGAUGGUUCAAAACAAAGAGCAGUUCUACAUUGCACUGAUGAAAAGUUUUUUUCUCUAAUUAAAAAGUUUGUUGAUAAACCAAGCUUUGUAAAUAAAUUAUUAAUUGGAGUGUCUUUGAGUUUAUCUGAUUAAAAUAUUGACCAAUAUACCCUUUGUCUUUUUAUUAACUUUCCAUCUGCAGAUCACUAAUUACUAUGUACCAUACAUAGCAGUUAUGGUCGAAAUGACAAUAAAAGUGACGACUUGACUAAUGCAGAGUAAAGAUUAACACAAUUGCAGUUAUGUGGUGUUCAUCUCAGUGGAUAGUGAAGCUUCCUUCUCCCUCUGGCACGCAGUGACCCAUUACCCCUGUUGCAAUUAGUUGCUUUAUAUGCAUCAAUAAUAUAUUAGUUGAAUUAAUUAUUUUUUUUAAGCAAUUGCAGUUCGCUAACUUUUUAUAACCUGUUUAUUUUCACAAUACAGUAUGUGUUGUUUGUCCCCACCUACUGACAGAAAAGCGCACAGCAGCCACAUAACGGUUCUCAUAAGUGCUAGCACGUGACACAACUGUAUGUCUUUUAAUUGGUCCUUGUUCUCAGGAAUUUGCAUUAUCUCAAGUAUAAAAGUGCCAGUCUCCGUAAAGUUUGCAGUCUUUGUCUUGAUUUCUCGUUUCCUUUGUUUGAAUUUCAAACGAGCGAUUGAGAAGCCACAUGUUUUCACUCCGAAAGGAACCUGGGGGUGGAAAAAUCACCAGGGCCCACACCCCCGGAGAUGUUCAGUAACCUGUUUCCAUCACUCCCGAUCCUCACAAGUGUUUGUAUCCGAUUGAUUAGAACCCCACCUUACACAGACAUACUUUAUUGAUCCCGAGGGAAACUGGGUUUCGUUACAAUUGCACCAACCAAGAAUAGUGUAGAAAUAUAGUAAUAUAAAACCAAUAAGAAUUAAAUAAUAAUAAGUAAAUAAUGCCAAGUGGAAAUUAGUUCAGGACCAGCCUAUUGGCUCAGGGUGUCUGACACUCCGAGGGAGGAGUUGUAAAGUUUGAUGGCCACAGGUAGGAAUGACUUCCUAUGACGCUCAGUGUUACAUCUCGGUGGAAUGAGUCUCUGGCUGAAUGUACUCCUGUGCCUAACCAGUACAUUAUGGAGUGGAUGGGAGACAUUGUCCAAGAUGGCAUGCAACUUGGACAGCAUCCUCUUUUCAGACACCACUGUCAGAGAGUCCAGUUCCACCCCCACAACAUCACUGGCCUUACGAAUGAGUUUGUUGAUUCUGUUGGUGUCUGCUAUCCUCAGCCUGCUGCCCCAGCACACAACAGCAAACAUGAUAGCACUGGCCACCACAGACUCAGAACAUCCUCAGCAUCGUCCGGCACAUGUUAAAGAACCUCAGUCUCCUCAGGAAAUAGAGAUAGCUUUGACCCAUCUUGUAGACGGCCUCAGUGUUCUUUGACGAGUCCAGUUUGUCAAUUCGUAUCCCCAGGUAUUUGAAAUCCUCCACUAUGUCCACACUGAUCCCUUGUAGGUACUUUCUCCCAGAACUCCCGACCACCUCCACGGGUGCUAAGUGUAUCGUCAGCUUCGGUGAUCUCUCCCCAGAUGUUAAUCAGAUUCUGACUCAUCGCUCACAUUGAAACAUACUGAGGGACGCAUCAUUUGUGUUAAGUCAACACAACCGAGGGGCAGCCACAAGGUGUCAAUUCAGCAAGCACACAGAACACACCAAUCAGCACAUCAAGCCUGUUUCCCCAUCUAGUAAUCAAUCACUAGCCUUCUGGCACUCCGGUGACUUGUAGACUCCAUCCGACUGGCACUGGCUUCUUAUCACAGACUGACCUCUGGCUUCCCUGGUGGCCUUCCAACUCUAUGCUGUUCGCCUGUUAACUAUUUGUAGGAUGCAAGGUAAGCACUUGGGGUCCACCUUUAAAUCUGAGAAUGCCUUCCCUUUAGAACUGUGAGGAGUUGCCACAGACAGCUGUGGAGAUCAAGUUAUUGGGUAUAUUACAACAGGAGGUUGAUAGGUGCUUAAUUAGUAAGGGUGUCAAAGGUUACAGGGAGAAUGGGGUUGAGGGAGAUGAUGGAUCAGCGGACCAGAUUUGAUGGGCUGAAUGGCCUAAUUCUGUUUCUAUAUACCUCUGUUCCAAAUGUCAAAAGUUUACAGGGAGAAGGCAGAAUGGAGUUGUGAGGGAAAAUAAAUCAGCCAUGAUGGACUGGUGGAGCAGAUUUGAUGGGCUGAAUGGCCUAAUUCUGUUCCUAUAACUUAGGGUUUUAAACGUUUGCUGCAGUAGUUCUUACAGAGUUUGGAGUAUUUUGCCCCAUCUCAGGACCAGGGCAGCAUUUUAAGAUGACGGGUAACUCCAUUUAGAUGCACUACAGAGUGGUGUAGUGGCAUCCACACCGGACUUUGAGGCAAAUAGUCCUGGGUUUCAAAUCCCACUGGUUCCUUGCACAGUAUUGUACUUGUCAAUGUGGAGCGGAGAGUGAGUUUGUAGAUCUGGCGGGAGCGAAGGGUGUUGGGAGUGGUGAGGGUGGAAUGCCUCAGGAGCGCUGUGGGACUGGGGGGGGGGGCAGACGAGGAGUGCCAGGGUGGGGUGGAGGGUGGCACAGGUGCAGACACACUCAUCCCUGAGACACCAGGCAAGGUCAUUUGAUGCCGAACAGUUGGUUUAUGAUCAUUUAUGCACUGUCUCUCU